GGAGCAAUAAAAUUUUGCAAAAAAAACCCCGUCCGCAGAAUACUAUCCAAUUAUUGUAAUCCAAUACAAUUGCUUGGAAAUAGCCACGUCAGCACAUUCCGCUUAAAUAAAAACCUUGAUGAAAUGAGUGAAACAAAAAAUCGACUAAAAUAGCGUCGUCUAAUCAAAAUCGAUUCGAACAUGACAUAUAUUAUAUACACACCAUACAGACAAAUCGUGCACCGCGGCUCACUAUACUAAAACGUACGGUGCAAGCAACACCACCAACCUCAAAAAACACUCAGUCAUCCAGUCGAGUCGAUCAGAAAACUUUUUUUUAUCACAAUGGCGGAUUCAAUGGAUUCAGGAAAAAAAAUUACAAUUACAGUGAAAACACCGAAAGAAAAACAACAAAUCGAAAUAUCCGAAGAUGCCGAUAUCAAAGACUUCAAACAGUUGGUGGCCGAGAAAUUCGAAUCUGAACCGGAAUUGUUGUGUCUGAUUUUUGCUGGAAAAAUAAUGAAGGACAGCGAUACGCUGAAGGCUCACAAUGUCAAAGACGGACUUACGGUGCAUUUAGUUAUCAAAGCUCCACCGCGACCCGAAAAUGAAACGACUGCAGCACGUCCAGCGGCUGAUGUGCGUCAAACACCAUUCGGUUUAAAUCAAUUGGGUGGUCUGGCUGGUAUUGGGGCUCUCGGCGGUGAUUCGAGUACAUUCAUGGAUCUGCAAGCUCGCAUGCAGAAUGAAUUGAUGUCCAAUCCGGAGGUGAUGCGAACAUUGUUAGACAAUCCUCUGGUGCAACAGAUGAUGAACAAUCCAGACACCAUGCGAUCGCUGCUAACCUCGAAUCCUCACAUGCAAGAGUUGAUGCAACGAAACCCGGAAAUAUCUCACAUGCUAAACAAUCCGGAAUUGUUACGACAAACAAUGGAACUAGCUAGAAAUCCAUCCAUGCUGCAAGAGCUGAUGCGAUCGCACGAUCGUGCUAUUUCAAAUCUGGAAUCGGUUCCCGGCGGAUACAGUGCGCUGCAGCGAAUCUACAGAGACAUACAGGAACCAUUGAUGAAUGCCCAAUCGGAGCUGACACGGAAUCCGUUCUCCGGUUUGGUGGACAAUUCCACUGGCGGUAAUAAUCCGCAACAAGGAUCGGAGAAUCGAGAUCCAUUACCGAAUCCAUGGGCACCCAGCCAAAAUCAAGGUGGUGGCACUAAUAAUGCACCGUCGAGUGGAAUUCUCAAUUCGCCGGCAAUGCAGAGUUUGAUGCAACAAAUGAGCGAAAAUCCAUCGUUAAUGCAAAAUCUGAUGAGUGCUCCGUACACACGGACUAUGAUGGAGUCACUAGCUGCUGAUCCGAAUAUGGCCGCAAAUCUUAUUAGCCAGAGUCCGUUGCUGGCAAAUAAUCCACAACUGCAAGAACAGAUGCGUACAAUGAUGCCUCAAUUUGUACAACAAAUGCAGAACCCCGAAGUUCAAUCGAUGCUGUCAAAUCCACAAGCAUUAAACGCCAUCAUGCAAAUUCAACAAGGCAUGGAACAAUUGCGUUCUGCUGCUCCGGGUCUUGUUGGUUCAAUGGGUAUUCCACCAAUGCCUGGCGCACCACCAGCAACAAAUGCAACAUCUGGCACCACAAACACAUUACCAAAUUUGGCUCCGAACACACAGAAUCCUGCAUUAUUUUCGGAAUUUAUGACCCGAAUGAUGGGUAGUAUGGCAAGCGGAGCGAAUCCGAAUUUACCACCAGAAGAACGAUAUUCGUCACAAUUGGAACAGCUCGCUUCGAUGGGAUUUAUGAAUCGAGAAGCUAAUAUACAAGCGCUGACUGCCACAUUCGGUGACAUAAAUGCCGCUGUAGAAAGGCUUCUCGCUUUGAAUCAACUAUCAUUAAGUUAACAUCCCUGUUUACGUUCAAUGAGGAAUCCAACCAUCAACAACAACAACAAUUUCUUCUUUUUUUACGAGAAAAAUAUUUUCAAAAUUUUGAUUUUAGUUAUAUGAUUACCAGUUUGUCUAUGAAAUGAGCUUGGAGGAGAAAAAGAAGUAUAGACAAAAAUGAAGAGAAUUACUUUUUAAUGUAGAUAUUGUAUCAGUGCGGGAUAUGGGAAUAAAAAAACAAAACAAAAAUAAUAUUCGGAACUCGUGUGAAUUAAUCAGCAAUAAAAUACACAAUUUUUACUCUUUAAACAGAAAAGGCCAUUUAUAUAAAAAUUUUAAAAAAAUAAUUAAAUUUCCUAGGACCUGCAAACAUUUGAUUCAACAAACAAACAAAAAAUUCAUUCCGAUCGAAAUGUUACAGCAAAAAUUGAUGUUGCAAAUUUUAAAACACAGAACAAAAAAAUGGAAAACAAACAAAAAAAAAUUAAUUAAUUUAUGAAUGGAUCACGUUACAAAUUGCACGUUGUAUUUUUUAUCGAUCGAUUGAAUUUCAAAAAAUUAAAAUUUAAAAUUUAUUUACCGUGUGUGGGUCACACGCGAACAGAGAGAGCAUUUCCUUUUCUGGUUUGAAAAUGAAAAUUAUAUUUUUUAUGAAAACUGUUGAUUAAUAAGCUGGUUAACAGUUGCUGGAAUGUAAUUUUUAAAAUAUAACUUGAAUUUGUGGCAAAUUGUUAUUUAUAUAAUUGAAAACGUAGUGGAGGAAAAAUAAAAAAAAACACAACGCCGAGAGAAAGAGAAAAACAUUCAUUUGACAUUCAUCAAGUUCUUGUUAUGAAUAAAAAAAAGUUUUUUUUUUUAAUUAGAACGAUUGCUACACACAAAACAAUUUAUAUGUAUACCACUCCCUCUACUUCUCCUCCCCCGAGAAAAUAUUUUUUUUUUACUCAAAAAUGUGAGGUUAAGUUAACUUUACUUCACGGGUUCCAAGCAACUUGACCUAAAUAGUGCCAAGCUUUACCUCAAGUUUUCGAGUAAAAUACCUUACUUCACAAGGCUGGAAAUGACACUUCUCGUGUAUUUACCGACCUCAGCCACGCCUCGAUCGGUGAAUUUCACACAGAGAAUUUCCACUUUCACCAUUUGUACCAUUUGGUAAGGUACUAUGCAUUAUGUUCGAUUCAACUUGAAAAAAAAGAGAAAAACUUGGUUUUCACGAAGAGGGUGGGGGACGAAUGUAAAAUGUAUAGCGAAUGAACGUUUCGAAGAAAGAGAAUUUUCAUUUUUCCUUUUCUGAUUCCGGAACGAAAAACCAUCCUUUUAAUUAUCUCUAUAUUUAUCAUUCCAAAUACACUAUCAGUCAAAUCGUAAAAUUAAAAA